UCAACUUUUAAUUCUGGCAAUACAUUGAAGUUUUUACUAUUAUCUUCUUUUUCACCUUUAACAUCUCUUCUUCUUUUUUGUGUCUUCAAUGCAUCAUGGAAAAUUGUACUUAAAUUAGGAGAAAUCCUUUUGACACACGGGGCUGUCCUGUUAUAUAUCCACCAUUGUCUAGUUAUUUAGUUCCAUAGCAGUUUCAGAUGUUUACUUUUUUUGUGAGACAUGUGUGUCAGUUAUAUUUCGUUUUUGAUAAAUAACAUAUGUGACUGUUUAAUCAAGUGUUAUUGAUUCAAGUUUUUGUUAACUAUGGCAACCAGGAAGACACUUCAAAAAUUUAUUGCUGAUGGCGUCAUCUGACGAAGAGGGGGAAAUUGUUGCCGACUGCAUAAGCAAUUACCAUUUUCUUGACCUUAAUGGAGGACCUGUUUCAUUUUCAAUUUUGCCUCUUCUGUGGGGUGAGGAUGACAUAUUUGGGGCACUGAAUGAAGAGUUAGUUUUGCGUGGAACUUCAGAUGAUGGUCUUCAGCACAUCUAUAAGAAUGUUCUAGCAUGGAGAUUUGAACUUUCUUAUGCCCUGCCAGAAAUUCAUGUGCUCUCUAAAGAUAAAAUCUGGAUCAAACUCCUCAAACCUCGAAAAAGUUACAGAGAUACUAUCAGAACAAUACUCAUCACUGUCCAUUUCCUCCACUUUGUGAAGAAGAACCCAGACACAUUUGGAGAGACUGUGUGGAAUUACAUUCGGAAAAUUUUAAGUUCAUACGAGGUACUACCUUCUAAGGAUGAUCUACUAGAGCACAUGCCAACAAUCAAAGAAGCUGCAAGGAGGGACAAAGAUUUAUCUAGUUCCAAGAGCUUUAAUGCAUUUCUUUUGGAGACAUCACAAACGACGAUACACGGUUAUGAGUGCAAUCAGGCGAAAAGGAGACCCCAGUUUAUUAUUGAGACCGAUAACGAUGCUGAUAGCGGUGCUGAUGAUGAUUCAGAUGAAGAUGAAGAUGAAACAUUUGAUCAUGUCUGUGCUCUUUGUGAUGAUGGGGGAGAAAUUCUGUGUUGUGAAGGCCGCUGCAUACGAUCAUUCCACCCGACUGUGGAAUCUGGAGCUGGAUCUUGUUGUGAAUCUCUUGCUUACAGGAAUCACCAAGCAAUCCAGACCUUCUUGUGCAAAAAUUGCCGAUAUCAACAACAUCAAUGUUUUGCUUGUGGCUUGUUGGGGUCUUCAGACAAAUCAACUGGUGCAGAGGUCUUCCCCUGUGUUUCUGCAACUUGUGGACACUUCUUUCAUCCUAAAUGCGUCUCAGAGUUACUUUAUCCUGAUGAUAAAUGUCGAGCCUUAGAGCUGCAGAAGGAAAUUGUAGCUGGAGAAUCGUUUACUUGCCCUGCUCAUAAAUGUUUUAUCUGCAAGCAAGGAGAGGAUAAAAAGUCAUAUGAGUUACAAUUUGCAAUUUGUAGACGCUGUCCAAAGGCAUAUCACCGCAGAUGCUUACCAAGAUGUAUUUCUUUUGAGCCUUCCAAUUAUGACAAAAGCAUUCAGAAAAGGGCUUGGAAUGAUCUUUUGCCCCGUCGUAUCUUGAUAUACUGUAUGGACCACAAGAUCAUUCCUAAAAUUGGGACUCCAAAAAGGGACCAUAUCGUAUUUCCACAUAUUGAUGGGAAAGCAAACUCACAAUCUUCAGGACUUCCAUCAGGACCUGUGAGGAUACUCUCACGAAGGAGUAAGGUCCUUGGUGUUCUCACUGAAACAAGACUCCUGAACAUGAAAAGGCCUUCUGAGGUGAGGCACAAUGCUGCUGAAGUUGGUGAUUCUUAUGGAAAAGGAAAACCAUUUAAGCGUCCAACACAGGAAAAAGGCAAAUGGAAGGCGCCACUGGACACAAAGUUGGUCUGUACCCCACAAAGUACUUCUAGUGGCAAGACAGUGAGUGUCCGACCAAUUGUGCCAGUAAUGAAGAAGGCCAGCGGUACACAGCAAUUGGCAGAUAAUGAAUUGAAAAAGAGAAUGAUGACUUUGAUAAAAAACUCCACCGCUUCGUUUAAUGUGGAGGAAUUUGUGAAUGAGCAGUACCGGAAAUGUAUCGAUAGUAACUCUCGGAAUUUUUUCACAGACAAAGACAUUACCUUGGGAAAAGUUCAGAACUCCGUGAAUGCUAUUCGAGUAGCCUUGAAGAAACUAGACGAAGGAUGCAGCAUUGAAGACGCCAAAGCUGUCUGUGAACCAGAAAUUCUCAGUCAGAUUUUCAGAUGGAAGAAGAAGCUAGGAUCUUAUCUUGCCCCUUUUCUCAAUGGCAUGCGCUAUACAUCUUUUGGUCGCCACUUCACGAAGGUGGACAAACUGAAAGAGGUGGUUGAUAGACUAAGAUGGUAUGUGCAGGAUGGUGACACGAUGGUCGACUUCUGCUGUGGCUCCAAUGAUUUUAGCUGCUUGAUGAAAGAAGAACUAGACAGAAUGGGGAAAACAUGUCAAUUCAUAAAUUUUGAUGUCGUACACCCAAAGAAUGAUUUCAACUUUGAGAAGAGGGAUUGGAUGACUGUUGGUUUAAGAGACUUGCCAGAAGGAUCCAAAUUGAUCAUGGGGUUCAAUCCCCCUUUUUCCAAGGCAUAUGAAUUUAUAAGCAAAGCUCUCACAUUCAGACCAAAGCUUCUCAUUAUUACUGUUCCGAAAGAAACAAAAAGACUUGAUGAAAGAAAGAAGAAUCCAUAUGAUAUAAUUUGGGAAGAUGACGUUAUCUUGGCCGGCAAGUCCUUUUACCUGCCAGGAUCAAUUAAUGUGCAUAACCAGCAGAUGGAGCAAUGGAACAUCGCGUCCCCUCCAUUGUAUCUGUGGAGUCGCCCAGAUUGGACUGCUAAGCACAAAGCAGUAGCUAUCGAGCGCGGGCAUAUAAGAAAAGAUAGUCAAAUGUCAGAAGCAGAAAGAAACAAAGUAAACACGGGGGUAACAAAUUACUUGAUGCAAGAAACACGUGAUUGCUAUGGUGACUUUUCCGACAUCAUGACCAGCUGUGGUGACAUUAAUAGCUUGCUCGAUGAUAUCCCUGAGAUUCCUAUUGAUGCUGAAUAUAAUCAAAAUCAACGCUUUGGAGUUCCCGAGCUGGAAUAUGGCUUUGGCAAUAGUCAAGAGGUACUUGGCUGUGAAGCUAAGGAUGAAAAUGAAACGUCGCAAGCUGAGGAUAUGUGCACUGACAUGGAUCUGUCUCCAAUGAAUUCCCCACUUCACUGAAAGAUCAAGUCUCUCUCUUCACAAUGCUAGGUCUUCGUCUUUAGUUCUGGAUUUACUACUCAUGUCUCUGUGCUAAUAUCCAUGUCUAAGUUUUAUGUGUUUAAAUGACACUAUAUGUGCUUCAUUAUUGGUUAAGUCUAAUUUUAGUACUUGUGAUAUCUAACUAUGCAAAUUUAACCUUCAAUUACUUGAAAUGUGCACUUUUAAUCCA